AUGGUGGAAGGAGUGGGGGCCAGGGUAGCCCGGGGCCCGGACUGGAAGUGGGGCAAGCAGGACGGCGGAGAGGGGCAUGUGGGCACCGUGCGGAGCUUCGAGAGCCCGGAGGAGGUGGUGGUGGUCUGGGACAACGGAACCGCUGCCAACUAUCGCUGCUCCGGGGCCUACGACCUGAGAGUGCUGGACAGUGCGCCCACCGGUGUCAAACAUGAUGGGACAAUGUGUGAUACAUGUAGACAGCAGCCGAUCAUUGGGAUCCGUUGGAAGUGCGCCGAAUGCACAAACUAUGACCUAUGCACUAUGUGUUAUCACGGUGACAAGCAUCAUCUGAGGCACCGAUUUUAUCGAAUCACUACACCAGGAAGUGAACGUGUGCUUUUGGAAUCCCGGCGCAAGUCAAAGAAGAUAACAGCACGGGGAAUUUUUGCUGGUGCUAGAGUUGUGCGUGGAGUGGACUGGCAGUGGGAAGACCAAGAUGGUGGCAAUGGGAGGAGAGGCAAGGUGACAGAGAUACAAGACUGGAGUGCAUCAAGUCCACACAGUGCUGCUUAUGUUCUCUGGGACAAUGGUGCUAAAAACCUCUACAGAGUUGGCUUUGAAGGCAUGGUAAGUAGUCACAAGAUGACAAAAAAACAAGGAAUGUUUGGAGUGGGGGGCAGUAAGUUUUUUUUAGGUGAGCAAAAUGGUAAUCGCAAUCCAGGUGGUUUGAUGAUUGGUGAUCUUGUGAAUAUUGAUCUAGAACUUGAAAUUGUUCAGUCAUUGCAACAUGGUCAUGGAGGUUGGACUGAUGGCAUGUUUGAAACACUUACAACUACGGGCACUGUCUGUGGCAUUGAUGAAGAUCAUGAUAUUGUAGUACAGUACCCAAGUGGAAAUAGGUACGCAAAUGUUGUUCGAAGUGGUGAUUCUGCACAAGGAGCAGAGGGAGGAUCCUCACAGUUUCAAGUAGGCGAUCUAGUACAAAUUUGCUACGAUCUAGAGAGAAUAAAGCUGCUCCAGAGAGGUCAUGGAGAAUGGGCUGAAGCCAUGCUUCCUACCCUGGGAAAAGUUGGAAGAGUUCAGCAAAUCUAUUCAGACAGUGACCUAAAGGUGGAAGUUUGUGGGACCUCCUGGACAUACAACCCAAUUGCUGUUUCUAAGGUGGCCUCUGUUGGAUCAGCAAUAAGUACAUUUGCCAUUCUUUUUGACUCCACAGAGAGGUUAUCACAACUUUUAAAGAAAUUGUUUGAAACACAAGAAUCUGGUGAUCUUAAUGAAGAGCUUGUGAAAGCUGCUGCAAAUGGAGAUGUCGCUAAAGUGGAGGACUUGCUGAAGAGGCCAGAUGUUGAUCUGACCAGAUGUUUAAUUACAUUUUUUUCUCAACAUUCUAAGGUAAAUGGUCAGUGUGCUGGACACACAGCCUUACAAGCUGCAAGCCAGAAUGGACAUGUUGACAUUUUGAAGUUGCUUCUCAAGCAUAAUGUAGAUGUUGAAGCUGAGGAUAAAGAUGGAGAUCGUGCUGUUCAUCAUGCAGCAUUCGGAGAUGAAGGUUCUGUGAUUGAGGUGCUGCAUAGAGGUGGUGCAGACCUAAAUGCUCGUAACAAGCGCAGACAGACACCAUUACACAUUGCUGUUAAUAAAGGCCACUUACAAGAUUGUUUAAAAACUUUUACUGGAUUUCGGUUGUCAUCCUAG